UUUUUUUCUCACAAUAUCACUGCUAUUGAUGAUAAUGAUGAUGAUGAUGAAGAAGAAGAAAGAGGUCAUGAUGCUUUGAGAAACUUACUGAAAACCGAACCUAUGCAGAAAGCUUACUACUUGGAAUUCAGAAUGACUGACUGGACAGAAGAGACUGGAUUGCUCUCUUUUUACGCCUCGUGGAUUGAUGAGUAUUUUCCAACAUUGAGAGUCUUUGGCAUCAUGGUUUCUAAUAACUCUCACAAUCAAGUUUUAAAAGGAAACCAAAUUUGCUUUUGUUUUCCAGGCAGUAUAAGCCAGGAAAAUUGUGUUCUGAGAAGUUCACUGAUUGGCAUAAUAUGUGGCGUUUUAUAUCCCUGUGGUUUGGCUUUUUCUAAAAAUGGACGCCUGGCAGUCAAGUAUCAUACUGUUCCACUGCCACCAAAAGGAAGGGUUUUACUUUACUGGCUGCUGCUUUGUCAAACAGAGAUAAAAGCUAUGAUGAUUCCUCUAGUCCUUCAGACGGUAUUUGGAAUAUUUAAUGGUCUACAGCAUUAUGCAAGAUUUGGAAGUACACUUGAGAAAACUACAUGAAGAUUAAUCAAAGUGAAUGGAUACUAAAUCAGCAGAAUGGGUUUUUUUUAUGAUGAGGACUCAGGCAUUGCUGAAGCAGUUAAAAGUAACUCUGGACAGUUUGUUUCUGUUCCUUUUGCCUGGUAUACAGCAGGUACUCAAUAAAUAUUCAGUAAUUCAGUAUUUAAA